CGUAUACGUGUAAACGGAUUGGCUGGUUCAAUUUUCUUCGUCUCUUUUUGAAUUUGGUGGUAGUUCACAUGGGACUGUUUAUUUUCUACCAGUAACUCUAUGUUCUGUAGACAGGCAGGCGUGUCUUCAGACACUAAUAAGCUACACUAUAGACUACUGCUGUACAAGUGGCAAGAAUUGCUAACCUUUAAGUUUCCUGAGUGCAAAUCCCUUUUUUGAAUAAAGGGUCAGCCAAGAUGGAGAUGAACUUGGCUGUAAAGUCUUUACUUUCCUGGGUGAACAGUUUAAAACUCCGUGACUCAGAGCUGACCAUCGAUGACUUGCAGGACGGAUUGAUCUUACUUAGACUUGUUUAUAUGCUGAAAAAGCAGCCCAUCCCCUGUCUAAAUGAUGCAACUGAGGAUCGGUUCAGAGUCAUUGCAGAGUUUCUAGAAAGGGACUGCAGAUUUAAUGCAAGCAAGAGCUCUUCUCUGCGUUGGGACCACAUUAGAGAUGGCAUCAGCCUAACAGCUGAAAUUUCAAAGGUACUUUUGUUGCUUGUAUACCAUGAUAUGAUGAAUGACCACUGCACUCUGAACAUGUUGGACUGCGAUGUGGAGCGGGAACUAGCACACCUAACUAGUUCCUUUGUGAUGGAGAGUGAGGGUUGUGUUUAUUUGAGCGAGGAACUUGACGCUCAUCUGAGAGGAAAACAUUUGACUUUCUCUCAAGAAAUAUUUGAGCAAUCAGCAGCCACCUCUGGUACCAAUAUGUCAAGCAUCUCUUCCUUCUUGGGUGAUGAGUCUCCUUUCUUCCACCGAAACAGUAGAAUUAAAUUUGUGGACAUAGAAACUGUGGCUUCUUCUUCAGUCAGCAGUUCUCCUCUGGAGGAUGUAAUGAACACACCGAAAUUUCAGCUGAGGAAAAUGCAGCGACAGAUGAUCAAGGAGCGAGACUAUCGAGAUAGUUUGGAGAGGGAGCUGGCCAGCAAGAUUGCGCUCAUUGAACAAAGAGAGUCUCGCAUUAACCAGUUGCAGUACCGCCUGGAUAAACUAAAGGAAGAACAAGGUGAUCAGGAGCAUGUUACCAAAGAACAAAUUAAUGAGCUUGAGAUCAAGAACAAUGACUUACAAAAGCGUCUUAAUGAGAUGCUGAAGCAAAAUAAAGACCUCAAGACAAACACUUCACUCAUGGAGCGCAAAGUGGAUGAGCUUGCAGAUGAAAACGGUGUGCUUUCUUCUCAGGUGAGAGCUGUGUGCUCACAGCUUGCCGCCUUUGAGACAGAAGUUGGUAGACUGACGGAAAGUCAAGCGUCUGCUCAGGAGGAGUGGAGAAACAAAAGAAACCAUCUACAGUCUGAGCUCAACCAAGCAACUGCUCAAAAGGAACUCCUUACAGAACAAAUUCAAAUCCUUCAAGGAAAGAUUUCCUGUUUGGAGGAUGAAAUAAGCAAGGCCAGUAAGGAUGAAGUUGGGGAAAAUAUGGGACCCAUAGUAGAGAGAGAAAUGUUGGAGACUGAAAUCAGGGGUUUGAAGAAUGAGCUAGAGACUACACAUUUCUCCCUGAAAAAGGCUGAGCUGGAGAUUCAUGCUAAAACUCAGCAACUGGAGGAAUGCCACCAAGAAAUUAAGGAGAUACAUGAGCAGAGGGGAGUUCUUCAGGAAGAGAUCCGAGUCCUUAAGCUUCAGCUUGAGCAGGUUGAGCAGCAAAAAAAUGAGCAGACAGACAGGCUACAACAGCAUAUUGCUGCUUGUGAACAAGAAAUUAAAAAACUACAGGAAAUUAAGCAAGCAAAGGAAGAUCUUCUUCAUCAGACUGAAGAAAAGGUGAACGAUCUUGAGACAAAGUUAACUGCUGCUACUUCUCUGUUGGCUGUUAAAGAGCAACAAAUUAACAGUCUCAAAGAUGAAGUUGACAUUCUUACAGAUGAAACUAACAAAAACAAAGAUGAAAUUCAAGCCAAAGAAGAAGAGCUUGCCAAGUUACUUCUUGAGAAGUCUAAUGUGCAAGAAACUCUGAGUGACAAAAUCCAGAUCUUAACAGCUCAAGUGGAAGACCUUAGUUCAUCUCUCAAACAGGCAGAGCAGGAAAUUCACAUGAAGCAAGACUUACUGGAUAAAACCGCACAAGAGAAUGUCCAACAAAUAGAGCUACUUCAACAACAAAGUGCUGAACAUAUGGAAGCACUCGAGAAGCAGAAGACAGCAUCUCGAGAAGAAAUCAAGAGGCUAAAUGCAGAUAUUCAUGCUAAGGAAGAACAGAUGGCUCGGCUAGAGACUGAGGCCUCUACACGCUCUGCAUUGUUGCAGCAAGAGCUUGAUGAUCUGAACAACCAAAUAAAAAGCAUGACCCAUUCUCUUGAGAUGGCCAAGGACCAUGCUCAAGCCAGAGAAGCUGUAAUGGCCAAACAGCAAGAGGAAAGCACUUUGCAGAUUGAAGAGCUUGGGAAACACAUUUCAGUUCUUGAAGCAGAAGUGAAUCGACUGAAGCAGGAAAUCCAGACUAAAGAGGCUGAGGUAGAUGAGAUGAAGACCAACAACUGGCUCAAUCCACUCUGACAUGCUAGAACAAGAGAUCGAAACUCUGAAAAACCAAGUAUGUGACAUGAGAGAGUCUCUCACAAAGGCAGAGGAGAAGGUUAAAGUCCUUCAGGCAGAGUUGUCAGUUGUCAAGACACUUGGAGCUGAUAAAGACCAAAGUAUAAACACACUCAGAGAGGAGGUCACUGCUCAAGCUAACGUGAUACAAAAAACAAAAGCUGAAGCUGAAGCCAGUGAGAAACUUGUGGCUGAGAUAAAACAGGAGAGCUCCAAACAGACCUAUGUUCUCCAAAAUGAGAUCCAGGAUUUGAAGGAGGAGGUGGAAAGGCUUCUGGCCAAAGAGCAGAAAUUAGUUGAAACUCAGCAAGAGUCUGCUCAGCAAAUAAACCUCCUUCAGCAACAGCUUGCAUCCGCAGCUGCAGAGUUGACACAACAUGAAGCAACACAAGUUACUAACAUCAGGUUGAAAGAGACUGUGCAGGAGAUGCAGGUUACCACACUCAAAGAGAAGGAGACUCUUGUCCAAGAAAAACAGGUGCUUUUGGUUAGAAUACUCCAGGCAGAAAAAGAUUACGAAGCCAUAGUUUUUGAGAAGGAAAGACUUCUCCAAGCCAACCUGGCCCUAAAGAGGGAGAAUGUAGCCUCACGGAAGCUUGAGUCUGUACUGCAGCAAGAGCUGGAAAUACUGAAAAUGGAGAAUGAGAAAUUGCUGAAAGAGCAAGAGAAAGCAGAAGAAAUUGAGCUAAUCAAGAGAGAUCUGCAGGAACAGCUUGCCACUAAAUCAGAGGCUGCUGAACACUACAAGGCUCAGAUGGAGAAGGCUGCAAAUCAUUACAACAGCAAGAAGCAGCUUCUCCAGAAAAGCCAAGAAGAAGUGGAUGCUCUCAAGCUUUCUCUUGAAGCUAAAGAGCGUGAAAUGCACACUAUGAUAAUGGAAAAGAAAGUACUUCAGCUUGAUUUGGACAAGGCUCAAGCCAAUGAGAAGACACUUUCACACAGGGUGGCCAGCUUGGAGGCACAGCUUGCCUGUGCUGACCAGAAUUUAAGAGUACAGAAUAAGAUUCAUGCCAAUGGAGGCAGUGCAACAAGCUCGUGUUUCUUUGAGGUGCCUUACUCAAACUCGGGGGUUUGCACUAGAGCACAGGUGAAGAGAGCUAUGAGCUCAGAUAGCCUGGACCAGAGCAGUAUGGAAGACUCUCUAAACUCCACAAGAAAACUCUCAGCGCCCGAUGAAUCCAGCACACCACUUGUUCGCAGUUCAGAACGCUUGGCAGCCAAACGCCGGGGUCUAAAGGCCGAGUCACUGGAAACUUUGUACUUUACUCCUAUUAACACCAGACAAGUCAAGAGGACCGGUGCAGAGGAAAUUAUGGAUUCAACCCAAAAAAAUCCAACUUCAUCAGUCAAACGCCGCAGAACCACCCAGGUUAUAAACAUCACUAUGACCAAGAAGACCCCGGGCUGCGGUGAAGCUGAUGAGACCUUCUACAGCCUGGCUUCAGCUCGCUCCCAGCCAAACCUUGCUAAUGCAAACUCUGCCCGGCCCGUGUCUAUGGAGCUGUUUGACACUCCCGCCAGAAGGACCAGCUCUGCCAGCGACCAACUCAUUGGGCUUCCAGGGUACAGACGGAGCACCAUCCAUGUACAGCCCACCAGUACCUUCUGCGUUGGAGCAGAAAACGAGCCUGAUGGUGGACCUGAAGACUGGCUGAGGAUUGCGGAGCUCCAGUCCAGGAACAAGGCCUGUCUGCCUCACCUAAAAAGCAGCUACCCUGUUGAGUCUGAGACUGGAAGGAGCGGUCCAUUGGUUUUUACAGACGAAGAGCUGCGUACAGGUGACCCGUCAGACACAAUCCGCCGAGCAUCCAUGGUUCCAAGCCAGCUGCGGGAUUCCCUCAUCUCACAUCGACAGUCACUCAUGUUGGGGCAGGUGGGUGCUGCUGCCGGCACUCGCUCCGACCGUCUGUCCUUGAUGCCAGGCCAGCUACCCUCAAGGACCGCCAGCUCCUAUCAGCUGAGGAGCCCAAAAGGCACAAAGCAGCCUUCAUCCACAUUGUCCCUACACCAAACUUCACCUGAGAAAAAGAUGAAAGCCAGCUGCUUCCCUCGUCCACUCACCCCGAAAAACAGGAGCGUGAGCAGUGGUCCUUCGAGCUCUACUCUUCGUGCUGCCCUCAGCCCAGCUGAGCGGAGGCAGUCAAUGAUGUUUACCAUCGAAAACACCCCUAAAAGCAAUAACUACCUGAAGAAACAUCUGAACAAGCUGCGCAGCUCUGCACGUAAAUCCCCAGGCGACAGCUUGAAGAAGUCGCCUGCUCAGACGAGCGCACGCAAGCACCAGGAAAAAAUGCCAUCGGGGAGUUCACGUGGUGGUGUGAGACAAGCCGGGAGAACUGGAAACUUUAAAUCACCUCAAGUGGUAAUGAAAGGAUCGAGGAAAUCUCCCCAAGCUGCCAGCAGAUCUGCAAAGUCUCCUGGAUUGACAGCCAGCGCUCGCAAGAUGAUGCGAAGGAUGAAAGUCUGAUGACUGGUCAAGCCCCCCACAUCCGUUCACCCACAAAUAGUUCAUCGGGACUUUGUUUUUAACAGUUCAUCAUUCUUUUUCCAUGUUUGUUUUGCUUCUUAAUCUUUGUAUUAUAUGUACAUGUUUCUCAGUUAAUCGAUUUUAAAUGGUAUUGCAGGAAAUGGAUAUUUUUUUACCUGCAAUUGUAUUUUGAUUUUUUUGUAAAUAAAUUUUUCAAUGAUUUGGGAGUUCAGGCUCUUCAUUUCACUGGUGGUGCCAUAAAUGGCCAGAACAGAAGCCUAAAUUGUUUUGUUUUUUUACUGAUUAUGGGAUUUUACUGAGCCAUGUAAUGAAAGUAACUUUUCUUUCUACAGAUCAUAUUUUACAUGUGAGGGCCGUGAUGCCGACAACAGGUUUAGUUUGUUAACCCCAAACACAGGAAGCGUUUCUGUUCCAGAAACAGAGCUAACUUUAACAGUUACUCCGGCAAAUAAAUCAAAUAUCACAUUUAAAUUUAAAUGUGGGUUUAAAAUCAAAACUAUGCUCUCUGUUGACUGUUUGCCUAACUGCAACACAAGUGUACAAACUCAGUAAAAACCAAGCAGAGUGGGAAGGAGGGAAGCAUUUGUACAUAAAAAAGAAACGUUAAGUGCACCAACAGAUCCAUAUAUGUCUCAACUGAUGUUUUAACAAAACCUUUUUAGUAUAAAUAGCACACAGAGUACUGCUGCUGGAUCCUAAGAGUCACAGCAACAACAGACUGUAAUGUCUGCUGAGGUCUCAGCAACAAGAACUAAACAGUCCUGACUAAUGUCUGCACUUUAAGACAAAAACACAGUCUGCAGGUUAGAAAUGAAUCACAUAUCAAACAAUUUGGCCCAAGUUCAGACCAAGAAGACACCUUUUGGUACACAACUGUUCAUGUUGCACAGCAGCGAUCAGAGCUCUGUUGUUGUAAAGGAACCACUUGUGAUAUUGUAAAAGGCACCGUAUGUAUAUGACGUACUGACUUUAUUAAACAGAUCAGAGGACAAA